ACGAACCUUGAUCAUCACAAUGCUCGCUGUUAAGACGGCAGCACCUCGCGCCACUUUCGCCAAGAGCGCAGGCUGCUCAUCAUGGGCGGCAACCUCGCGCUUCCACACGUCGUCGCUGCGAGCUGCCUCGCAACCCAAGCCGACGAUGGAGCCCCGCCUGCCCCGCAACCUCCUUAGCAUGGCUGAUCUCUCCCCCGUUCAAAUGCAGAACAUCCUCUCCCACGCCGCCGCUCUUAAAUCAGCAAGUAAGGCCCCUCGCACCCCCGGACAGCUUCCUCUCGAGCAGACGCUGUCAGGCAAGACCAUCGCUAUCAUGUUCAGCAAGCGUAGCACUCGUACGCGCGUAGCGACGGAGACCAGCGUCGCAAGCUUGGGUGGCCAUCCGAUGUUCUUGGGGCCGUCGGACAUCCAGCUGGGGGUAAACGAGAGCUUGUAUGAUUCGGCAAAGGUUAUCGGGUCAAUGACUGAUGGGAUCAUGGCAAGGGUCGGCGGACAUGAGGAGGUUGAGACGCUCGCCAAAGAGUCUGGUGUACCCGUCAUCAACGCCCUCUCAGCCCUGUACCACCCGACGCAAAUCCUCGCCGACCUCCUCACCCUUCUGGAGACGUACUCACCCAAAGGCACGCACGACCUUUCUUCCCUUUCCGGCCUCAAGGUCGCCUGGGUUGGCGACGCCAACAAUAUCCUCUUCGACAUGCUCGUCUGCUUCCCCCGUCUGGGCAUCGAGCUGUCUGUAGCUACGCCCAAGGGCUACGAGGUGGACAAGGGAGUGUGGAAGACGAUGGAAGACGGGGUUGCAGCUCAGCGCUCCAAUGGUGGUGGUGAGCAGGGGUUGAAGGGCAUCACACAAUGGACCAGCAACCCUCUCGAAGCCGUCAAGGAUGCAGACAUCAUCGUGACCGACACCUGGAUCAGCAUGGGCGACGAGGCUUCAAAGGAGCAGCGUCUGCGCGACUUUGCCGGCUUCCAGGUGACGAGUCAGAUGGCGAGCAAGGGUGGAGCAAAGAACGACUGGAAGUUCAUGCAUUGCUUGCCUAGGAAGAGCGAGGAGGUCGAUGAUGAAGUCUUCUACUCGAAGCGCAGCUUGGUUUUCCCGGAGGCGGAGAAUAGGAAGUGGACGAUUAUGGCUCUGGCGGAUCUGUUGUGGGGCAGGGCGACGCACAAGUGAAGAAAGGCAAAUGUGGAGCAGACUGAUGGAUGAGGAUGAAUGAUGAGGUCGACGAUAAGGGCCGGAUCAGCACCUCCGAUGCUUCUUGGUCGCCUAAAUCGAGCGCAUAGCAAUACUUGGGUGUGAGGCUCAAUGCCGUUCGGGAUGAGUGAGCCGCGAAGGCGCACGCACACGUCUAUUCAUGCCUUUUCACAGGCUCAACAUACCUGUCAAUCACGCUUU